UUUAAAAUGAGUAAGUCUGAGAUUUUUUGUUGAGAACUAAGCUCAGUUUAUAAUUUACAUUCAAGCUGUGUGACUGCGAAAUCUUGUUAUGUGUAGACACAGUUCACAUUUUUACUGAUAAUGAUUAGUCGGAAUUUAGUUUUGUUGUUGUUUAUUUUGAUUUUGAUUUGUAAUUUUGUUCAGGCACAAGAAGAUGCAUGUACUCUGCCUGAUGGAAUUUCUCAAUCGUCAUGCAUUUACCUUCAACGUUGCGAUCAUUUUCAAAAUCAAAUUAAACAAUACGGUGGAAGACCGCCACAAAGUGUGGUGAAUGACAUUCGUGCUCAUCUGUGUGUGAAUCCCAAGUAUGUUUGCUGUCCUGUCCCACCAACAACAACAAUCGCACCUGUUACAAUGCUUCCUAUUCCAAAAAUAACUACAAUGUACCCACCACCUCCAGAAGAAAUUCAAUUUAGUCUUGAACAAAUCAGACAACAUCAAAACUAUCGAUUAAUUAAUGCAAAUUCCUGUGGAUUGCAAACCUCAUUAAGAAUUGCAAAAGGAAUAAAAGCUGUAAUUAAUGAAUUUCCUUGGGCUGUACUUCUUGGAUACAAUGAUGGUUUAGGCGAAAUUGUUUGGGACUGUGGUGGAAAUCUGAUAAGUGAGCAAUAUGUGUUGACAGCUGCGCACUGCAUUAGAAGAGAUUUAGAGAUCGCACGACUUGGAGAGCAUACAAUAUCAACAGAGAGAGACUGUGAUAAUUUCGGAGCGUGUACAGAUCCUGUACAAGAGAUUAAAAUAGAGAAAGCCAUAAAACAUCCAGAAUAUGGAAAACCAGAGAAUAAACAUGACAUUGGGCUAGUAAAAUUGGCUGUUCUAGCAGAUACAACAAAACUUAAUGUUAGGACUAUUUGUUUGCCAACAAUGGAAGCUGUGGAGAUUACUAAAGUUAAAUCAAGGAAUUUUACAAUGACAGGAUGGGGAAAAUCUGAAUUUGGCAUAAAAUCUGAUGUUUUACUGAAGACUGAACUGCAACUUGUAGAAAGUUCACUUUGCAGCUAUAAAGAUAUUUUUGAAGAAAAAAUUUGUGCUGGUGGAUUCAACAAGCUUCAUACAUGCAGAGGUGAUUCAGGUAAGACACAGUACUGAUAAUACUAAAUAUAACUUAAAUGAUUCAUCAAAUCACACAUUUGCGCCUUCAAAGGUGGAGGACUUACAACAGCAGUUGAAAUGAAUCGAAGACCAAAAGUGACACUUUAUGGAGUGCUGUCCCGAGGUGUGAAUUGCGAAGAAUCAACUGAAAUAUAUCCUGAUAUCUAUAUGAAUGUAAAAUAUUAUUUCAAGUGGAUAUUGGACAAUAUGUCUUGAUUUUUGUGUAAAAUAGGAUGUGAACUUAAUGAAUUCCUUUGUAUCGAUGUUCAGGAAAAAUGUGAGAUUUUUAAUAAAAUCCAAUUAUUUAAUUAAAUG